AUGAGCAGUCCGGAUGCGGGGUACGCCAGUGACGACCAGAACCAGGCCAGGUGCGCGCUGCCCAUGAUGAUGGCCGGGAUGGGCCCCUGCCCUUGGGCAGAGUCUUUGAGCCCCCUGGGGGAGAUGAAGGUCAAGAGCGAGUCCAGUGCGGGUACAGGGAGCGGGAGCAGCGCGACUGCUGCAGCUGCGGGGGCUGCAUGCCGUGGCAAAGGGGAGUCCCGCAUCCGGCGGCCCAUGAACGCGUUCAUGGUGUGGGCCAAGGAUGAGCGCAAGAGGCUGGCACAGCAGAACCCGGACCUGCACAAUGCAGAGCUGAGCAAGAUGCUGGGGAAGUCCUGGAAGGCGUUAUCUCUGGCUGAGAAGAGGCCGUUCGUGGAGGAGGCCGAGAGGCUGCGCGUGCAGCACAUGCAGGACCACCCCAAUUACAAAUACCGGCCUCGGAGGAGGAAGCAGGUGAAGAGGCUGAAACGGGCAGAGAGUGGCUUCCUCCACAGUCUCCCUGAGCAGCCGGGCUCUGGGCUGGGACCAGAGGGCAGAGUGUGUGUGGACGGCCUGGGACUGCCGUUCCAUGAGCAGGCCUACCACCCGGGCCAGGGAGUGCUACCUCCUCAGAUGGGACACUACCGGGAGUGCCAGAGCCUGGGUCCUGCCCCUCAGUUUGACAGCUACAACCUGCCUACCCCUGAGGCUUCUCCCAUGGAUGGCAUGGAGCCAGAUGCAGCUUUCUUCACCUCCUCUCUCCAAGGGGACUGCCAGCCAGGACCCUACAGCUAUCCUGUAGCCUCUGAGUACUCUGUGCAUCCUGACUCUCAUCCGGGUCCUGUGCACCACAGACACACGCAGGAACCCUUGGCCCACUCGUUGCAGGGUCUGAUGGGCCCCUCCAACCCUCUACAUAUGUACUAUGGUCCCAUGGGCUCCCCCCAGGCUGGGGGCAGUGUCCGUGGUUUCCAGAUGCAGCAUCAGCCAGGAUCUAGUCAGCCCUCUCCUCCUCCAGAGGCCCUGUCCUGCAGGGAUGGCCUGGACACCAGCCAACCUGCUGAGCUCCUUGCAGAUGUGGACCGCACAGAAUUUGAACAAUAUCUGCAUUUUGUGUGCAAACCAGAGUUGGGGCUAAACUACCAGGGACAUGAAUCUGGCCUCUCUCUACCUGAUAGUCACGGGGCCAUUUCCUCUGUCGUGUCUGAUGCCAGUUCUGCAGUAUAUUACUGCAACUAUCCAGAUGGGUGACACAUCUACCACUCUCCUCCAGCCUGUAGGCCAGCAGCAUAAACAGUGUUACAGUGUUACACACUUCCUGCAGGAGCUAAGGAAAUCCUUUCCCUCCCCCUGCCCCCCUUGUUUCUGUGUGUUUUUUAAAUUGAGAGUUGUCUUGGCACCUAAUUUAUGGUAAUUUAUUUGACUCUAAUCUUAGCAAUUUCCUAAAGAGAAUGUGGGGUUUGUGGGUUCAUUCUGUCAGGGAUUUGCUCUUAGUCUUCUCCCUAAUUGUUAUUGUCAAAAUUGCCAUUUGUAAGUUGGACUUUACCUUUUCUGUGUAAUGUGGCCCAAAAUACCAACCACAUUAUGAAAGUUCAUGUUUAGUGAA